UUGUCACGUAGGCACCUAUCUGCAAUGACCCAAAUCAUAUGAAAUAGGUUUAGACCAGUCUCUACCGCAUGCAGCUCACAAUUCGCGAGGGUGGGUAUGUUCACUGGCCACUUCAGAUCAAUUGAGGUCUUUAUUCAACUUAAAUUAGCUUAGACCGAGACGGGAAGAAGUUGGCGUCUGCCACAAAAAGUUGUCGAGAGUCUGCAGAGAGGAAAAUGUCGCGUUUUCUACUUCGAUUUUCUCUCAUCAUUAGUAGGGGAGCUACUACCAAGCCACUGCUGUCGAAGACACGCUCUGCCUUUAUCCGUCCAAUUUCCACAAGCCCGGGUUUACUGUCCUUGACACGUUAUGACAAGCACACGGACUGGAAGAAAAAACUGACCCCAGAGCAGUACGUUGUGACCAGAGAGAAAGGCACAGAAGAGCCUUUCAGUGGAAUCUACCUGAACCAUAAUGAAAAGGGAAUGUAUCACUGUGUGUGCUGCGACGCACCCCUUUUCACUUCAGAAUCCAAGUAUGACUCUGGGACCGGGUGGCCAUCCUUCCAUGAGGCGCAUGGGACAUGGGAGGGAGAUGAGAGCCACGCCAGCAUCGUGCGUCGCCCCGACAACUCACUGGGCAGCACGGGGACAGAGGUGAUCUGCAAACAUUGUGAUGCUCACCUUGGCCAUGUGUUUGAUGACGGGCCAGACCCAACGGGCCAGCGUUUCUGUAUCAACAGUGUGGCCCUACAGUUCAAGCCCAGACAAAAAUAGAAGUACCUUAGCAUCCUCAAGGCUAUCACAGGACCCAACCAAGACCUCUCUUCAAGCCCGGUUUAUCUCUAAGAGUGUAAUCUCCUUUAAUUACCACAUAGUGUCAAGACACUAUUUGAUUUUGUUAUGCUUUGAACAGUCUUUUCUUUUUAUGAGGAACAUUUCUGAAAAUCUCUGAGAAGGAGGCUUGUUCUUAUGAAUAAACGUAUAGUUUUUAAGA